UUUACCACGACUGCAAAAAAAUCCCAACUCCGCAAGCAAACUCGCAGCAAUGGCCGAGCUACCGGUUGUCAUUUCGGAAAAUGAAGUUUCUCGUCUCUUACACUACGAGGAGCUCAUCCCUCGUCUGGAGGAAGCUUUGGUAAAAUAUUCCCGAAGGGAUAGUUCGGAAGUGAUUCAACCUGUAAGGUCUACUCUGAAUUUGCAGAAAUUUAACGGAAACAUGUGUUUGAUGCCGACGUACAUGGAAAACAACGGAACCUUGUGCACAAAGUUUGUGGGCGUCUACAAUCGGGAGAAAGGCUGCGAACUGCCUUCAGUUAAUGCCACGGUGGUGCUGCUGGACCCCGAGACUGGAAGCAUGAAGGCCGUGAUGGAGGGCAACGUCAUCACGUGCAUGAGGACGGCCGCGGUGUCUGCAAUUUCUGCUAAGUUGCUAAUGCCUCCCAAAGCAGAGGUGCUGGCCAUAUUGGGUACAGGACAACAAGCCCUGAGCCACUACACUGUCUUCACUGAGAUCUUUUCAUUUCAUGAGGUGCGAGUGUGGGGCCACAGAAAACAAGGAAUGUCCAGAUUUCAGAGCUCCGUCAGUGGUCCCGUUACCCUCUGCGACUCCGCUGAGGCAGCAGUGACGGGAGCUGACGUCAUAGUGACCGUCACCUCAAGUUCUGAGCCGGUGCUCUUUGGACAGUGGGUCAAACCGGGAGCUCAUGUGGCAGCGGUGGGAGCUUGCGACCCAAAAUAUCGAGAGCUGGAUGACGUUCUGAUGAAGGAGGCGGUGGUGUACGUUGACAGCAGGGAGGGAGCCAUGGUCGAGUCUGGUGACAUCAUCCUCUCCGGGGUGGAAGUGUUUGCAGAACUCGGAGAAAUCAUCAGUGGAGAAAAACCUGCACUCCGAGAGAAAACAACAUUAUUUAAAUCGCUUGGAAUGGGAGUUGAAGAUGCAGUGAGUGCCAAGCUGGUGUUUGAACAAUGGAAAUCAACAACCAACUAACAUUGGGGUCACUUACCUAUAAAUGUAUUCAUGCAUUCACUCA